AUGAAACUCGCCUUCUUCGCCGCUUUUUCGAUUGCUGUUUUUGCGCGCAGCGAUGCUGUCGCAGCUGGUGCGGAGCCCAAUCAAUUCGAGCCAUUGUCGAAGUCCACAACCUCUCUUCUUCCCGCACGACCCCUCACGUUCGGCGACCUGCCCGCGGAAGACGCACCUGGAGGAAAAUUGCUUCGCCGCCCCAAUUCCAUAGUCGAUGAAGCUCCCGUCUUGUCUGCUGAUACCAACGAAGAGCGAGUGUUCAUGAGCGAUUUCGCGCCAACUGCGAGAUUGGCAUCCUAUAUCAUAGCGAAGUGCUCGAAAUUGGCUGACAAGUUUCGUAACCGCAGUCGCAUAAACCCUUCCUUGACCUAG